AUAACAAGCAUUCUUCUUGCUGCUCCUAUUUCUAAAACCAACACAAAUAUUUUAGGUUAUUACCAAAAAAAAAAAAGAGAGAGAGGGUGAGAAAAAAGAAAAGAAAAGAAACGCCAAAGUAAACUUGCUCUACCACCUGAUAAGCAGGAAGACUUUGCAACUGAUCCUAUGAUAUAUUUAUUUAUAUAUAUUUAAAGGGGUGGUAGAAGAACAAUAAAGAAAGAAAGAGAGAGGAAGUUAUUGAUGAUAAUGAUGAAGUUGUGUUUUUGAUGAUUUAAUGUAAGCUCAAGUUGUUGUUUUUGUUUUGAGUAGGUAGCUUAGUUUGUUUAGGUUGAUUCGAGGAAGAUCUAGUUGAAAAGUGAUUGAGUAUUGGAAGGAAAGUUGGGUGAGGCCGGGUUUUUGAUUGAUUGAAUAAUUUUGUGAUAGAUAGAAGAAAGAUGGCGAAUCCGUGGUGGACAGGUCAAGUCGGGUUACAAGGUAUGGAGUCAAGUUCAUCUGGGAUGAAGGGCAAACCAGAUCUAGGGAUUUCAAUGGGAGUUGAUCAUCACCACCUUCAUCAUGAUCAUCAGGCAGAAGAGGAUGAUAGAGAGAAUAGUGAUGAGCCGAGGGAAGGGGCGGUGGAAGCGCCUAAUAGACGUCCUCGUGGUCGUCCUCCCGGGUCUAAGAACAAGCCUAAGCCGCCUAUUUUUGUUACUCGUGAUAGUCCUAACGCACUCCGUUCGCAUGUUAUGGAGGUGGCGGGUGGAGCUGAUGUUGCUGAGAGUAUUGCUAACUUUGCCCGCCGACGUCAGCGAGGUGUCUGCGUACUCUCCGCCGCAGGCGCUGUCACUGGCGUUACCAUCCGCCAGCCCUCGGCGGGGCCAGCCGGGGCGACAGUAGUUGCCCUACAUGGUCGUUUUGAGAUCUUGUCUCUAACGGGAGCUUUUCUCCCUGGGCCCGCUCCGCCUGGCUCCACUGGCCUUACCGUCUACUUAGCCGGCGGCCAGGGCCAAGUAGUAGGUGGUAGUGUCGUGGGGCCACUUAUUGCUUCCGGACCUGUCAUGGUUAUCGCCGCCACGUUCUCCAACGCCACCUACGAGCGACUCCCGUUAGAGGAGCAAGAAGACGAACAACCCGGACAACUUACAGCUGGCGCAUCAGGAUCCCCACCAGGACAACACCAACAACCACAACAACAACAACAACAACAACAACAUGGUAUGGGAGGAGAUCCAUCUUCUGCCCUAGGAAUGUACAAUUUACCUCCUAACUUACUGCCAAACGGCGGGGGAGCAAGUGGUGGUGGAAGCGGUGGAGGACAACUUAAUCAUGAAGCUUAUGGAUGGAAUCAUGGCGGUCGCCCUCCUCCUUUUUAAAAAGGUCUACAAUUAAUGAUCACCUUCAAGACAUAGAUGUAUUGGUUAAUUCUCAGGUAAAUUAGUCAUCUCAAUGAUAUGAUGCACUAUUUGUAUGAUUUGGUGUUAAUUUGUAGUGAGAGAAAGAUAGAGACGAAGGAAUGAUAAAGAGGGUUUUUAGACAUGAAAAAAGGGAAAGGGUUCAUUAUGCUCUCUUGUUAAGUGGUGAUGAAUGAUGAUGAUUAUGGUGGGUUUUUUUAUUUCUGUAAAUUAAAAUGUUUCUCUAAAUCCUAGACUAGGGUUCAGCUUUUAAUUACAUGUUAUCUCACAAAAUAAUUUUUAAAAAUAUGUCUCUCCGUGUUUUUUAAUUUAAUUUGUUUUCCUUUUUGUAUG